AUGUUAUGAACUACAAUGGCGGUCUGGAAGCGAUCGCCACACGCUUAUAUGCUUACUUGUUUUCUUUGUUUACUCUUCUUGCAGCAAACUUGUCAGACGGCCGCUGAAGAUCUAAAGUGGGAUGAUAAUGGUUACGUGUUAUACUGUCCGUGCAUGGGUCGCUUUGGGAACCAGGCAGACCACUUCCUGGGUUCUCUGGCUUUUGCUAAAAUGUUAAACCGAACCCUGGCAGUCCCCCCGUGGAUUGUUUACCGUCAUCACAGCUCCCCUUUCACUAAUGUCCAUGUUCCCUAUAGUGAGUUCUUCAAAUUAGAGACCUUGUCGGCUUACCAUCGCGUGGUGGCUUUGGAGGUUUUCAUGAAGGCACUAGCUGACAAACAUUGGCCCAAAGGACAGAGGAAAGCUUAUUGCUUCGAGGCAGCGGCUCAGCGGAGUAAAGAUAGAAAGUCCUGUCCCAUGAAGGAUGGAAACCCAUUUGGUCCGUUCUGGGACUAUGUUGGUGUGGAGUUUGAGGAGUCUGUGUUAUUUAGUGGUAUUUCCUUCAGUGCAUACCAUCAGCAGCAGUGGAUGAAGAAGUUCCCACCCAAAGAGCAUCCGAUCCUGGCCCUGCCGGGUGCUCCUGCCCAGUUCCCGGUGGCGGAGGAGCAUGUUGGCCUCCAACGUUAUGUAGUGUGGUCAGACAAGAUGGCGGCGGAGGGGCAGGAGCACAUUGCUGCCCUUUUGACCCGGCCCUAUAUUGGCAUUCACUUGAGGAUUGGCAGCGACUGGCAAAAUGCUUGUAAAUUGCUGAAAAGUGGCGAGGCGGGGCCUCACUUCAUGGCAUCCCCUCAGUGUGUGGGCUACAAGCGGCAGACAGCACUGCCUCUCACUAUGACCAUGUGCCUGCCCGACUUGACCGAAAUCCGCAGGGCUGUGCAGCUGUGGGUGAAGAAGACCUCAGCUCGCUCUGUCUACAUUGCCACUGACUCGGAAUCACACAGCAGCGACAUCGAGAAGCUCUUCAAGGGCAAGGUCAAAGUGGUGAAUCUGCAACCUGACUCUCCCCAACUGGACUUGUACAUUUUAGGCCAAGCGGACCACUUUAUUGGCAACUGUGUCUCCUCCUUUUCUGCCUUUGUUAAGAGGGAAAGGGAUGUGCACAACCUUCCCUCCUCCUUUUUUGGUAUGGACCAACCUGGUCACGGGGACCCAGUCUGCACAGGAACGAAAUCGGAAAUGUUACAACCACACCACUUGGACAAACAACAUUGUAGCAACCCUGAAUUUUCUCUGUCUUCGAGCUGUGGCGAAGAUGGGAUCUAG